AUGGGCGCCCUGAUACUAACCCCGACAGCAUUGGCGCUCAAUCACCUCAACCCCAUCUCCACCCCAGCCGCAGGCGAAACCACCCAGUUCCUGCGCGCAGCAGGCCGAAUACCAGUAGCCCACUCCGUCAACACAUACUUGCUCAUGAACGGCGCCGAAAACAGGAACCCACUGGUAUUGGGCGAGAUGUUGACGCUCGAGUCGUUGGAGCGCCCUGCCGAGCUAUCCCUGAAGCCCGGUCUCAGCUUCAAGCUGGACAUCACAGCGGCGAGGCACCGCGAAAAGCGCGUCGCGUUCGCUAUGCCCAAGGUGAUGCAGAACGCCGUCGCCGCCGCCGAGAUGCAGUCCAGAUCCGCCGGCGAUAGACCGUACGCGCCCCUCCCGUCGUCCCAGAGACGCUCAUCCGUCGCGGUCGCCAAGGACGUCGCGGCGUCUCUGUACCGUGCGGCGGAUGUCGUAUCGCUCAGCGCGUAG